AUGGAUUUGAUCCGAUACCGAGCCUCAACGUCCGGUCUUCCCGGCUUACCUCCUGAACCGCGCGUGCCGCGCGUGCCGCGCGUGCCGCUUGCCGCGCUCGCGAUAGGUGCUACGAAGUACACCAUUCCUUGCGAAUCGGCCAAUUUCUCUGCAUCGGUGCCGUGCAUCGGUCACUCGGCGAAGCUUGGGUGCCUUGUCAAGAUCGCCGCCCCGGCGUGGGCCUCUCCAGAGCGUCCAGGAGUUGACCGAUGGAAGAGGUAUCAUGUUCAAACGGCAAGCCGCAUUGCGCGGGUGCAGUUAUAUCCAAGAGCGAAGGAAUCGUCGCUAGGACAAAUCGACUGCGCAUUCUCCAGCUUGACUGGAUCUGGGUGUAGAACUCGAUGGGAUUUGGCUUUGGAGGGAACGCUCACAACACCACAAUGGGUCUGUGAAAAGAGCGCUUUUGAGUAUGUCCGAUAUUAUGCUUAUCAGGUCUUUGAUGAAGAGCCCCAUGCCUCCUAUCGACCUAGAUGUAGUACAGCGAUUAAGGCUGUCUUGGAUCCGUGUGUUAAUGCAUACAGAGAUACAUCACCAGUUUUACCAGUUCCCUGCCGUCAAAGCCGCCUGUCUCCUGUAGGUCCCCGGCCCCUGGCCCCCUUGGCCCGUCGUCUUACCGCCGUAGACGGCUACUUAGGUCAUGAACCACAUCAGCCUGCUCCCCUCAGGGAUCUAUUUUGUCAACGUUCGUGGCACGAACGAGCAGAAGCUUCAAGCUCUUUAGAAUCACCUCAACUGAUCAGUCGAGUGAAGAAGCAAAGCUCGAGACUUGUGAAACUGAUAUUUAUGGACUACAUCAUGAACACCAAGUGA